GGCCCACUUCUAGUGACAGAGAGCCAGAGUUUAGAAUUUGUCAGGAGAUGACAGAGUGGAGAGAGAGAGAGAAAGACUGAAUGAGCUGAAUUGCUUAGAAAGUGAAGGAACAGAAGAAAAAAGACUGAAGCAAAGAAAGAGAAUGCCUAAAAAACUUGGAUUUAAUUAAGUUUUCCAUCCUGCAGCCGGCUUCCCUGGAUCUACAUCUUGCCAGCACUGCCACGUGCUCGCCACACACACACACACACACACACACACUGCCAGACAGGGGUAUGUGGCUACAUCCUGGAUCACUCUCGUCUCUGGAUAUGCCUCUGUGGUCGUAACACUCGUCUGCGUGCGUGUGCGUGAGCAUGGGAGGUGCGGAGUUCAUCGGUGUGAUGUGGAACUAUCAGUUUAACUCCGGAAUCCUUUAAGAAGUUUCGCCAGCAUGGAUUAACGAAAUCUGAGGAGAUUUGGGCAUGUUCAACAGAAACCGCGUCUGGAAUUUCUCCUCUCUUUGGGAGAGAACAGACAUGUCUUUAAGCUGACUUGUAGUUUUUAACUUUCCCCUUUUUUUGGUUAUCAGAUUCUUCUUCUUUUUUACCCCCCACAUCAUAAGGUCUUGAUGGUUCCUUUGCGAUUGCGACUUGUCCUUUUGUGAGCCCUUGCACACUCCCGUGCGUGUUGAUGUGUGAUGUGGUCAGCGGCUCAGGUGCCGUUGGCGAUGCCUGCUGUGUGCCCGCGUGUGGGGGGUAAGGAGUGGUGUUUUCAGGAUGCGGUAGGGGUGGACUGCAGCUCUCCAGAACCUCGCUGUAUCUGGGUGGCGGUUUUACAUGGGGAUACACCACAAAUAAGCGUUUCAAACCUCCAAAAUGACAAUGUUGAAAGCACAAAUGGCAUCAGUGCUGGCAGAGCACUACCCAGACCCUCACAGACCUGCAGGGCAAAGGGGCGGAGAGAUGGGAUCUCUUCAUCGAGUGAGAACCCUCGGCCGGUGGUCAGGAGCGGGGCAGAUGGGUUGGGUGUGUCCUGGCAGGGUCCACGUACACUGGUGCUCCAUAAGAACUCUCAGGGCUUUGGCUUCACACUACGUCACUUCAUCGUUUACCCGCCAGAGUCCGCCCUGCACACCAGUCUCAAGGAUGAAGAGAAUGGGAAUGGAAAGGGGCUCCAUCGGAGUCGUCUGGAGCCCAUGGACACCAUCUUUGUUAAGAAUGUGAGGGAGAAAGGCCCCGCCCACCAGGCUGGCUUGUGUACAGGAGACAGGCUGGUUAAAGUGAAUGGAGAGAGUGUGCUGGGUAAGACAUACUCCCAGGUCAUUGCACUGAUUCAGAACAGUGAGAGUGUACUGGAGCUCUCCAUCAUGCCAAAGGACGAGGACGUGCUGCAGCUGGCUUAUUCCCAUGAUGCCUACCUAAGAGGGAACAAUCCAUAUACAGGAAAGGCCCAAAAUCUUCCUCCACCACCCCCUGUCCUCUACCCUCCACGUACAAUAUCACAGUCUCCUGCGGGGUACCCCUCGGGCCCUGCCCCAGCUUCUUCACACAUGGGGCAAAACCAGCUGGAUAACUGGAGCCGCUGGCCCGGCUCCUCGUCUGGUCCCUCUCCGCCCCUUGACAACCGGACAGUAGCUUCCAAUGCUGUCUGGGCAGCCGAGGGCAGGAGCUGUGAGCCAGGAGGUGUUGGUCACAGUAGCCCUGCACACCGAACUGAGGAGAUCCAGUAUGGAAUGACUGACAGGGGACAGCAGGGAAUCGGACAAAUGAGGGGACGCUCAUACUCAUCAUGUUCCUCCUCGGGAGGGAUAAAGAGUCCACUGCAUCAUGCUCAUCUUGCCAACCACAACGUGGGAACUGCCAUGGGGCACAUUGGAGGCCGCAAGGAAAGCCCACCUUGGCCCAGCCCUUCUCAGUCAACAUCAACACCCCCAUCCAGUCGUAGCGAACGCACCCAGCAAGCUCUUUCCAACUGGUACUAUAGCCAAGUACCAGGCCGGGAGCGGGAGCGGGAGCGGGAACGAGACCGAGACCGGGAGCGGGAGCGUUCAAAUUCUCGCUCCAUGCACCCACGCCACAGGAGUUUCUCACAGGACCGACUAGGUGAGAUUGGGAGGGCCAGGCGUUCACAGCAAGUUGGUUUUCCCCACAGUGCAUCGCAAGACACAUUGCUGCUGCUUCAGCAGAGCUCAGCAGCGUACCCUGAUCCCCACUGGAACCACGGAGACUGGCAGGGUGAGCAUGCCUAUGGACAGCACCCAUCCGCGGUGGCUUAUGGGCGCAAGUCCUCCGACAACCUUCUAGCAACCCGGUACGGACAUUCGGGACGUUCACUGGAAACUCUCGACAGAGCUGUGGGAAUACUCUCACCACGAUUCGAAAGAUCUACUUGGGUCCAUCAGCCCCCAAACAGGACUGAAAGCUAUCUACGACGUGGCGGGCAUUCUGGCCAACACGAGUCACACCACCAAAUCCAGCAUCAAAACCUCACACAUGCAGCACACCAACACUCAUCUCAGACUCCGCAUCCACAGCAGGCAGCUCCACAGGCAAGACGUUUGCCUUCUUGCCAAAGUCUAGACGAGGAGCCGAUUGGCUAUCGUAGCUACAGCCCCUCUUUCAACCGGAAGACCGGACGUAUCUUGCAGCAAGCCCAGUCGUUCAGAGACCCCUCUUACACAGGUCCACACCUUUGGACUCCUACACCCAAGACCAGUCCCCCAGAGGGGCUUCCAUCCUCAGCCUCUCCUUCCUCGGCUCCACCAACCACCUCUUCUACAACUGCUAUUCCCACACCCCCUGAAGGACAAGACAGAACUUACCGACCCACAAAUCACGACAGAGGGGCAGGGGAAGCAACAGUCGAAGCCCAGACACAAGAAGUGGUUCUGAGGCAGAAGCCACCCACUGGACGCAGGGGUGCGAACGCCCUACGACAUCCACAUUAUGGUAUAGCACUUGACUCCAGUGACCCUCUACUCUUUACCUCUGAUCCUACGGAGCCCCCUGCCAAAGCGGAAAGUGCUAUUUCUCAUCGUCGUACGAAUGGUAACCUACCACCGCUAUCCAUCGAGGACGAUUCCCUCGCCUCAAUUCCCUUCAUUGAUGAGCCGACCAGUCCAAGUGCAGAUCUGCGGGCACGUCAUGUCCCCGCCUCCUCCGUCGUGUCCAGUGGCGGUAUAAACUCCGCCCCUGCUGUGGCCACAAGCCCCGCCUCCCCAACCUUCACCUUUCCCCUCAACCGCCUUUUCUCCCACGACUGCAGUGAUCCUAAGUCUAAUCGUCGCUCUUCGUACCUGCUGGCCAUCACCACUGAACGCUCCAAGUCAUGUGAUGAGGGGCUUAAUGCAUAUAGAGAAGAGGGGCGGGUCUUCUCGAGGCUUCCAAAAAGAGUCAAGAGCUUCUUUACUGAAGGGUCUCUGGACAGUCUGGGUGCUGCGGAGGAGGCUCGCUCUAAACGACACUCUACCUCGGAGCUGGGCAGCAUCAGCUACAGUGACGUGAAGAGAGAAGGCUGGCUCCACUUUAAACAGAUCCACACGGAGAAGGGCAAGAAGGUGGGUAGUGCCAUCUGGCCGUGGAGGCGGGUGUUCUCCGUGCUUCGCUCCCAUUCUCUGUUCCUCUACAAAGACAAGCGAGAGGCAGUGCUUAAAGGGGCGGCGCUGGGAGGCGGGGCCGAAGAGGAGCAGCCAAUCAGCAUCCGAGGCUGCCUUGUAGACAUUGCGUACAGCGAAACGAAGCGCAAGCAUGCGCUGAGGUUGACCACACAGGACUUCUGUGAAUACCUGCUGCAGGCCGAGGACAGAGAGGAUAUGCUGGAGUGGAUCAGAGUCAUUAGAGAAAACAGCAAGACUGACAACGAGGAACUGGGUUUCUCACGACAAGCUCUCAUCAAUAAGAAACUUAAUGACUACAGGAAGCAAAGUCCAACGGGUAAUAAACCAGACUCCUCACCCAGAGUGCCUCGAAUGACAUUUCUGCUCAGUAAGCAAGACAACAGCGCACCUCCACGUUCUCCAAAACACGAGGCCAAAGAUGAGAGCAGCCCCCCUAAAUCUCCUUGGGGCAUAAAUAUAAUGAAGAAAGCUAAGAAAGCAAGUCCUAAAGCGUUUGGUGUGCGUCUAGAGGACUGCCAGCCCGCUACCAACAACAAGUUCAUUCCCCAGAUUGUGGAGAUCUGCUGUGGGUUGGUGGAGGACAUGGGUCUGGAGUAUACAGGGAUUUACAGAGUGCCAGGAAACAAUGCCGUAGUGUCCAGUCUGCAGGAGCAGCUCAACAAAGGAGGAGACAUCAACACUGCUGAGGAGAAAUGGCAAGACCUGAAUGUGGUCAGCAGCCUGCUGAAGUCCUUCUUCCGUAAACUCCCAGAACCCCUCUUCACAGAUGACAAAUACAAUGACUUUAUUGAGGCCAAUCGGAUGGAGAAUGCCAGUGAUAGGCUGAAGACAAUGAAGAAAUUGAUACGUGAUCUACCAGAUUAUUACUUCCACACUCUAAAAUUUCUAAUUGGACACCUAAAGACUGUGGCAGACCACUCUGAGAAGAACAAAAUGGAGCCGCGUAAUUUGGCGCUGGUGUUUGGCCCCACUCUUGUCCGGACCUCAGAGGACAACAUGACAGACAUGGUCACCCACAUGCCUGACCGCUACAAGAUUGUGGAGACACUCAUUCAACACUAUGCCUGGUUUUUCAGUGAAGAUCAUGAAAAAGAUGAAAAGACACCAGUGGACACAGAGGAUGUUCAGCCUGCCCCAAACAUAGAUCACCUCCUGUCUAAUAUUGGUCGGACGGGCCCGCUAGGGGAGGCAUCAGACUCAACCAACAGUGAUUCAGCAAAAUCUAAGGGGUCGUGGGGAUCAAAACGUGACUUUACUGCCAAGGACAUCCUGACAUUAUCGAUUAUGUCGGCUGUGACCCGCAAACGCCGGAAACGGCAUAACGCCCGUCUCCUCGGGAGCAGCACAGAUGACGAUUCCGAGCAUGAACCCAUUAAAUCCUGUAUCUCCGAAAAAGACGACUUGCAAGAGAUGGGGCAGGUUGCUUCUUUCUGUGCCCCUCGAGCGGAGGGAGAAGAGGAUGAAGAAGAAGAAGAGGAGGAAGAUGAGGAAGAGGAAGAGGAGGGUGAGAGACAGAAGCCACAAGAGCAGAAGGAAGAAGUAGUUCCCAGCAUUUCCUCCACAGAGGAAGCGGCACCAGCGGUGCUGCUGAGUGAGGAGGAAGAGCAAAGGUCUGAAGUGAAAAGUCGCAGCUGGCGAGGAGAUGAUGCACGGUCUAUUGUGUCAGGCUACUCUACUUUGUCCACUCUUGGGCGGAGUUUAGCAUCAGAGGGGCGGGGUGAAGAUGCAGAUGACGAGCAUAGUGAACUGGUGAGUGAAACCGAUAACGAAAGCGGAUUUGCUUCACGCUCGCUCACCCAAGAGAGGCCAGAAAAACCAAGCCGCAUAAGCCAAAACUCACAAGCCUCACCCGAACCGACUGCACCGCGGAGUUUCCUCUAUGCACACUGCAAAUCGCAGAACCCCUCUGGCGCCCCACUCACUCCGCCUCCUCCUUCCCUCACAACCAGUCCUGAAGAUCCUGCAGCACGUUCAUCUACUCCCUCAACCUCCUCUUACUCAUCAUCCGCCUCCCAGCGCCUCCACAGCCGCCACUCUUUUAACUCCCACCGCCUCAUACAGUGCGACACCCUCGCACGGCGUCGGCUAAAGGCAGACAAAGCCAAAGCGCCCUCGGUGGAACUUUCUGAACUGUCCAGCUCCUCCGCCACUGAAGGAGAACGGCGGUCAGGUUCAAAUCAAAUCCCUGAGUCCUCUCCUUCUCCUUCCCCAAAAGCCAAAUCUUUCUCCAAAGGCGUUAGCGUGCGCAAUGAGUGCACGGCAAUUUCCGCAGCCGGUCCUGGAAGUAAGAGCUGCUUGUUGUCCACUGGGCAGGGUUCCCUGGCGGACCAGGUACGGGCUCGUCUGAUGGGCUCGGCGGAUGACCUACGUAGUGUCGGCUUGAGGAAACAGCUUUCGCCGGAGACGCGCCGAAAGAGACGAGCGUGGAGGAGACACACCGUGGUGGUCUCUCCUACGGACUGUUCAGACAAAAAAACACAGGCGCCGCCCCCCAAACCGCUAGCUUUGCCCUCCCCUAUUGACAAGCAGGACGUUGGAGAGUCCCACCCAGAGUGCUCAGAGACUGAAGCCCCUACUGUACGUCGGGCCCUGCCUACCUCGCGCUUUCGUGAUUACUUGUAGCAGUGAUGGUGUGUAAAGGCUAGUGAACCAAGAGAGCUGGAUUUGGGUUGUGUUGUAGCUGCGUCCUUAGUUUGUUCACACUGUUCACACUGACAGCGAUUACGUCGUUGCCAGGUUCUGUUGACUUCUAGAGGUUCAUAACAUUGGGCACCAACAUUGAGCACCAUUCCAAAUUUUUUUGGAAAUUGCUAAAAAUUUUAAUUGGAGUAGCAAACAAUGUGUUGAAUUUAAAUUUGAAUUUAAGUUUUUAUCUCGUAAUUUUCACUUUUUUUCCUCAGAAAAUUUAUACGACAAUUUUGACUUUAUAACAAAGUUUAUAUUUCAAUUCGGAGAAAAAAAAAGUCUGUUGCGAGAAAAAGUCCGAAUUGUGAGGAAAAAAGUCAGAAUUGCAAGAUAUAAAUUCAGAACUGCGAGAAAAAAGUCUGUGAGUUUAUACCCCGCUUUUCUGACUUUAUGACUCACAAUUGCGAAUUUAUGUCAUGCAAUUCUGAAAAAAAAGUCAGAACUGUGAGAAAAAAGUAAAUUGUGAGAUAAAAAUGUUUUUUUCUUGCAAUUGCGAGUUUAAAUCUUGCAAUUCUGACUUUUUACUCGCAAUUCUGACUUGUUUUCAGAAGUGUAUGAUAUAGACUCGCAAUUGUGUAUUUUAAAGUCAGAACUGUGAUAUACGAACUCAGAAUUGCAAGAACAAGUCAGAAUUGCGAGAUAUAAGGCGUUCAUACUCACUCCAGUGUCCAGCUGUAUCUGGUGACGGAUAAUGUGAGUGUUAUUGGGCACCAUUCCAAAUUUUUGGGGAAUUUGAAAAAAAAAAUGUAAAUUGGAAUGCUGAAUUAAAAUUUGAAUUGAAUUAAAUUAUAUUAAAUAGAAUUCAAAUGAACUGAAAUUCAAAUAAAACUGCAACAAGGGCGUUUUCAGACCAGUAGUUCUGAAACAGGGACUUCGUUCGGUUUGUUUUCACAAGACAGCGUUUCGCUUUAAGUCACGUGUGUAAACUUGUCCUCUCAUUGAUCAGAGUGCGCCUGUUCAUGUUCCAGGGUUCUGCUCAUAGUGUCAUCCAUCCAAAUGGAUUGUUACACACACUAGGACUGGAUGAUAUGUCCUAAAAUCUCAAUUUAUUGAAUGUUUUACCUCAAUUACGAUUAAUGAACAAUUAUUAUUUUUAUUUAAUUAUUUAUUUAGAUUUGCCCUCAUAGUUAUAGAUGUGCCGUCAAAAUACAAAAGUUACCAUCCUGCUACUAUAAACAAAAGCUGUCGCAAUGUUAGCCCCACCUCCAUGGUCUUCUGAUUGGUGCACUGUUUUGUAACUGACACUGAUGAGGGGCGCUGUGUGUAAAAGUUGAAAUUCUUUAACCUGACACAGCAUCUUAAACGUGCCGCUCACCUGUGAGGUGCUGCAAAAAGAUGCUUCUAAUUGUCUUGGUGCGGAUCUGAGUGUGAUCGCCAUGUCCAAAAGCACUGAAAUAAAGGAGAAAAUGUGUCAGGUUCCGAAAACAAAUGCUGCAAACAAGACAGGUGUGAAAAUGCCCUGACACCGUAUCUACACCGAAUGCGAGCGGUGUGAAGCAAUGCGAAAAAAAACAAUAAAACCCAUUAUAAUCAGUGACGCUGUCUACACUGGAUGCGGUAUGGCGCAACACGACAUGGCAAAUCUGCAACAGUAAACUGAUGCCUCGUUCUAUUUAUGACGUACCAGGGUUGCCAGGCUUUCGCAACAAAACUCGCCCAAUUGCUACUCAAAACCAGCCCGCCUUUCUGGGGGGUUCCCCAGUAAAAAUCAUGUUGCAGGGGUAAAAUACACAUUUUUGUCUGGGUUCUCCUGGUAAAAUUUGCAUUCCAGUGGCUAAAUAUCACAUUAUUGGGGUCACUUCAACCCAUGGCAAUAGUGUUAAAGUAGCCCAAUUGCGCGUGAAAACCGCAGACUUGGCAACACUGUGACGUACUGACAUAAAGUACAACUGAUGUGCAACGGCUGCUUUGCCGUGUCCAGCGUAACCAGCAAAUUGCUGUUGGUGUGAA